CUUGACGCAAUUAUUAUCCUUCUUUUUCUAGGGGAGGACAACGAACGAGUCGGAGAAGUGGUUGAAUAACUCUACUCCAUUGUUUCCUUUCCCAGCCCCGAAGAUCAUCCUUUAAAAGAUCUUAAAGAUGGGCCAAGAUAUCUGAUGUGUUUGCGAUUAUUAUAACUUUUGGAGGUGGUGUUAUUUACCUUCUCGGUACUUUGCAUUAACAAAAGUGAUUAUGUUUACCAUCGGUUUUUGAACAUUGCCUUUGAGAGUCUUACUUGCAACUCUGAGGGAUGUGUAAGAAUUUAUCUCUUCAUUGUUUGUAGAUGGAGCGGUCUCUUUCUUCUCUUGCAUUUAGAGGUUCUAUAGUAGAAGCAGUUGCUGAAGCCAAAUUGCAGAAGAAACUUUUUGUAGUCUACACUGCAGGUGACAAUCCAGAGUCAAAACUUUUAGAAACCUCCACAUGGUUCGAUCCAAAAGUUGUGGAGACAUUGUCAAAGUAUUGCAUUUUGUUACACAUCUUGGAAGGAAGCGCUGAUGCCUCAAAUUUUUCAGCUAUCUAUCCACAGCAUUCUGUUCCUUGCAUAACUGCUAUUGGAUACAAUGGUGUGCAGCUUUGGAAAAAUGAGGGCUUUGUCAGUGCUGAUGUUUUGGCUUCCAGUCUUGAGAAGGCAUGGUUAAGUCUCCAUGUUCAGGAGACAACUGCAGCUUUCUUGUCUGCUGCACUUGCUUCUCGAAACCAGCUUGCUUCUGGAACUUCUUGCCCUGCUACAUCUGAGCAAGUGACUCUAGGGACGUCUGUAUUAACACAAUCAUUACAUGGUGGUGCUUUAUCUUCAGAUGUUGGACAAAUGUUUGAUUCUGGGGGAACAGAGGAUAGGAACAACAAAGAAGAUGUUUCUGAGGUGACAUGUGACAACCAGGUUAGUGUGCCUCGUCCAGAACCAUCUGUGGCUAAUGUGACAGAUAAUGGUGAAAUAGAUGGUUCCAUUUCUCAAAUUGAACCAGAAAGUACACCGAAGAACUAUGACAGUCACAGUGAUGCUGAAGUUGCUCAUCCUGUCUCACAAAAAAAAUUGGACUCAUCUGAUAAUUGUUUGGGUAAUAGCCAUGAAGUUUCUGGAGAAAGGACUGUAACUGAAGUUAGCCAGGUGGGACAUGUUUAUACAGAGGUUGCUAAAGAACUCGAGAAAGCAGAUGCUUCAGAUUCUUCUGCCGUUACGUCGAACGAUGUUUUCCUAAAUAUCAGGCUUCCUGAUGGUUCCAGCUUACAAGCCAAGUUUUCUAUGGCGGACACCUUGAAAAUGGUCAAAGAUUAUAUAAUCGAGAACCAAACAAGCAGCUUGGGCUCUUUCAGUAUAGCAACUCCUUACCCUCGCAAGGUUUUCAAUGAUAAUGAUUUGGACAGCAUAUUAUCGGAAUUAGGUCUUCACAAUAGGCAGGCACUGGUUGUGGUUCCAUAUGACAAAAAUAAUUCCAAUCAGAGAGGGGGAUUAACGCACCAUGAAGCUUAUUCCUCGAAUGAUGCUAACUCCUCUUUAAAUGCUAGUGAAGGAUAUUGGGUAUCCGUGAGAAGAAUUUUAUCUUAUGUGAACCCUUUUUCAUAUCUUAGCAGAAGCCAAACCUCCACAAGUUCUGCCCAGGAAUCUCGAAUUGGCUUACAGGAAUAUGGGCCGAAUGCUUCACUUCAAAAUACCCCAAGGAAUGGAGGUGGUCGACUUAAUUCCUCAAUUGGAUCAUCCAACCAAGGUACAAUCCCAAACAGCAAAAGUAGGCAGCAAACGAGCCGCUUUGGAGCUAAUAUUCACACCUUGCAACAUAAUGACGAUGAUGAAAGUCGGUUCAAUAACAGAAACACCUUUUGGAAUGGAAAUUCCACAGAGUUUGAUGGCAAUGAUGAUGAGCCCAAGUAAAGUUGACCUUUUAUAAUUUGGGUGCUGUAUAGGACCAACAGCUGGAUGCUUUGCUUUCUUCUUACUAAAUCGACGAUGAAUGUGGAGCUACAUUUGGGAGUGGACAUGUUUAUGCCUCAUGUCGCUAAUAAUAUAAGUUGUUCUGUUCGUGACAUUCUUGAUGUAACAGAAAUUUCACUUCAUAAUCUAUUUAUGGUUUUUAUGUUGACUUGUUUCUUCAGAACAGACAUCUUAUAUUACCGACGCUUCACUAUGAAGAUAUUCAUUUUAUUUUUAUUUUUUUUAAAAAAAU